GAAUUGACUACAAAACCACUACUAUCUUGUUGGACGGCAGAAGGGUCAAGCUGGAACUCUGGGACACAUCAGGGCAAGGAAGAUUUUGCACCAUUUUCAGAUCCUACUCUAGAGGAGCCCAGGGAAUUCUCUUGGUGUACGACAUCACUAAUCGCUGGUCCUUCGAUGGCAUAGACCGAUGGAUAAAGGAAAUAGAUGAGCAUGCCCCAGGUGUCCCUCGGAUCCUGGUGGGAAACAGGCUUCACCUCGCCUUCAAGCGGCAGGUGCCAACGGAACAGGCCCGGGCUUAUGCGGAGAAGAACUGCAUGACGUUUUUUGAGGUCAGCCCCCUGUGUAACUUCAACGUCAUAGAGUCCUUCACGGAGUUGUCCCGAAUCGUCCUCAUGCGGCACGGCAUGGAGAAGAUCUGGAGACCCAACAGAGUGUUCAGCUUACAGGACCUGUGCUGCCGAGCCAUCGUUUCCUGCACCCCAGUCCACCUCAUCGACAAGCUGCCGUUGCCUGUCACCAUCAAGAGUCACCUGAAAUCCUUCUCGAUGGCCAACGGGAUGAACGCGGUGAUGAUGCACGGCCGGUCGUAUUCCUUGGCCAGCAGCGGGGGUGGGAGCAGCAGCAAAGGUAACAGCUUGAAGAGAUCCAAAUCCAUUCGUCCACCCCAGAGCCCCCCACAGAACUGCUCACGCAACAACUGCAAGAUCUCUUAG